UCGCGGGGCCAGCCAGCCGGGCUUUAGUGGAGCUCUGCGAGCCGGCACAGCCUAGGUUUGCGGCGCGAGCCCAGCGGCUGCUGCGCUGAUAGCGGGUGCCAGAUGCUUGCAGAUUCUCCGCUUCUCCGGAGCUCGGGUUCGGCUCGUACAGCGCCAACUCGCCCCGGUCCCGGAGGGACCCGGGCGAUGCUGAGCCUGAGAAGUCCAGCAUCUCAGCCUCGGGGCUCCAAAGGAAAAAGCCGAGCUCUUGCAGGUGAAGCUGCGGUCCGUGCGCUGUCUUCCGGAGGCCGCCUGCGCAUCGCAUCCCCGCCAGCCUCGGCCACGCAUCUUACCCCGGCGCCGCCGGCGCAAGGAGCGCGGGAGAGUGGGGACCACGGCGGGGAAGGCGCGACCCAAACACCGAGGAUGGACACCCGCACCUGGCAUCUGAGCUGGCGCUGUCUCCUCCUCCUGGCUCUCCUUGGAUCUACCCGAAGCGAGGGUUUGGAGAGCUGCGAAGAAGUUCGGAAACUUUUCCAGUGGCGGCUUGGGGGAGCUGUCAAGGGGCUGCCAUAUACACCACGGGCAGGACCUGAUCUUCAGGUUUGUGUAUCCCAAAACCCCACAUGUUGUACCAGGAAGAUGGAGGAGAGAUACCAGAUCGCAGCUCGGCAAGAUUUGCAGCAGGUGCUUCAGACAUCCAGCUCAACAUUAAAGUUGCUAAUAUCUCGAAAUGCAGCUGCUUUUCAAGAGACCCUGGAAACCCUCAUCCGACAAGCAGAGAAUUAUACCAGUAUCCUUUUCUGCAACACCUACCGGAACAUGGCAUUGGAGGCUGCUGCUUCUAUUCAGGAGUUUUUCACUGAAGUAGGGCUCUAUUUAUUUGGUGCAGAUGUUAAUCCCGAAGAAUUUGUAAACAGAUUUUUUGACAGUCUUUUCCCUCUGGUCUACAACCAUCUCAUAAACCCUGGUGUGACUGACAGUUCUCUGCAAUACUCAGAAUGUAUCCGAAUGGCCCGCCAGGAUGUUAGUCCAUUUGGCAAUAUUCCCAAAAGAGUCAUGGGGCAGAUGGGAAGGUCCCUGCUGCCCAGCCGCACAUUUCUGCAGGCCCUUAAUCUGGGCAUUGAAGUCAUCAAUACCACGGACCAUAUGCACUUCUCCAAGGAGUGCAGUCGAGCCCUCCUGAGGAUGCAGUAUUGCCCACACUGCCAGAGCCUGCUGCUCAGCAAGCCCUGUAUGGGGUACUGCCUCAAUGUUGUCAGGGGCUGCCUGGCCCACAUGACAGAGCUUAAUCCACACUGGCAUGCUUACAUCCGGUCUUUGGAAGAGCUGUCAGAUGCGAUGCACGGGACCUAUGAUGUGGAACACGUGCUCCUGAACUUCCACUUGCUUGUCAAUGAUGCCGUUCUGCAGGCACACCUCAAUGGGCAGAAGCUACUGGACCAGGUGAAUAAGAUCUGUGGCCAUCCAGUGAGAACAGCAACACAGAGCCCCCGCUGUACUUUUGAUCCAAGCAAAGAGAAGCAUGGAAUGAAGAUCUCUGCUAGGAAUGGUGAAGAGACACUUGCCAACAGAAGAAAAGAAUUCAUCAACAGCCUUAGACUGCACAGGUCUUUCUACGGUGGCCUGGCAGAUCAGCUUUGCAUUACUGAAUUAGCUGCUGCGGAAGGAAGACCCUGUUGGAAUGGGGAGGAUGUAGUGAAAAGCUAUGCUCAACGUGUGGUUGGAAACGGAAUGAAAGCCCAGUCUGGAAAUCCUGAAGUGAGAGUCAGAGGAAGUGACCCUGUGAUAAAUCAGAUCAUUGAUAAACUGAAGCAUGUUAUCCAGUUGUUACAGGGUCGAUCACCCAAACCCAACACGAGGGAGCUGCUUCAGCCAGGCAGUGGUGGGGGCAUGCUGGAGCAGUCCAGUGGAGACUGUGAUGACGAAGACGGCUGUGGGGGAUCGGGAAGUGGGGAAGUCAAGAGGACCCUAAAGAUCACAAACUGGCUGCCAGACAACAUGAACUUCAGUGAUGUCAAGCAAGUCCAUCGAGCAGACCAUGGAAGAUCUCUGGAUACAGCUGGCGCAGGAUGUGCAUCAGGAACUGAGUCUAUGACACUCACUCUAAUGGGGAUGCUGAUGUUGCUCGGGCUUUGGUAAUGGAACUCUUCUGUCUGGACAUACCUUACUGGAGUCCUGAUUUAUCUCAUAUUUCCUUAUGCCUGGAAUAGAAGAUAUCUUUAAAAGUAAUGAUUGAAUUUAGGAAAAGGUGUGUCAGGCUAACUUCUUAGACGCCAACUGGAAUGUCCACAGAGCACCUAGAAAUCAAGAUUCUAAUAGACAGUUUCAGAUUCCUGGUGUUUAACUUAAACCUUCUUAAAUUCUAACAUUAAAUCUAAAACUGCAAAAAGCUCAGAAGUGACUUUGAAUAAGAAGGAUUUGGUAUAUCUGUAAUUCUAUUCUUCUCAAUUUAAAAUUCCUUCCUUUUAAAUUUGACAAUGUUGGCAUUUGAGAGUAUGUUUGCCAGGUUCAGAAAACAACUAGUAUUUCUUAAAGCACUGGGAAUAGAAAUAACAUUAAGUCAGAGCACACAAUGGCAAGUAUUAUGCAUGCAUUUUUAAAUGAGUCUUCCAUUUUUGCCAGUUAAAGAAAAAAGUUACUAAAAGUCUGUGAGUUAUAGAGUAGCUUAGCAGGGUGAUUUCACAAAAGUUCACUGAAAGAGCUUGACAGUGUUUUUGACACUAUAGCUUUGUCACGGGGCAUAGUAAUUCAGGGGUACCUAUGUGAUGUCCCUUUAUAUUUAAAAUUCAUUGUAGUAUCAUGGCUCUGUCUCCUCCUUUCUCUUUACCUAAAAGAUCUACUUAUGUCUGGAAGCACACUUGUAUACUCCAAGUUGAUUAUUUGGUGAGAAAUUUUAAAAAAAUAUUAUGGUGAUUUUUCCUAAUAAAGUUUAUUCCUAACUUA